CUCUUCGAUCGCACACUACCUAUACUUUACUCUUUGCUCCUUGACACUUCCUGGCCAUUUUCAGUACCUCUCCUCCAGACUAUCCGUCCAACGACCCGCAAAAUGGCUACUACCUCCAUAGGAGCUUCGACCGGUAUCUCUGGCGAUGCCAUCCCGUCGACGACCAACCAGAUCCCCCAAUCCGGCGCUCAGGGAGAGACGCCCAACCCCCCGAAGCCGUUUUACGAUUUCGAUGUCGUCAUGACCUGCAACGGGUGUUCGGGUGCGAUCGACAGGGUGUUGAAGAAGAACAUCGUCGAACCCAACCAGUACGAGGUCUCGCUCGAAAGGCAGAAUGUCAAGGUCUGGGGACCCAGCUUGCCUCCCUUCAGUACCGUCGAGGAGAAGAUCAAGAAGACGGGAAAGACCAUCAAGAGCUCUCGGACGGUCGAGUGAUGUGCUGGAGAGGCUGAAAUUGGCUGGCUGGAACAGCUCUCUCCCUCCAUUCUUAGAUUGACUCUUACAAGGACGAUGUACUAUAUCUUUUCUCUUGCGAUAUACCAUCCCGGUUGUUGUGCACAAAUGGAAAGGUGGUUGUACCAUCCCGGUUGUUGUGCACAAAUGGAAAGGUGGUUG